AUGUCGUGGUUCACUUCUUUCUUUGCCCCGAACGACAGCAAGUAUGUCAACAAGAGCAGCACACCUCCCACAGCUCCGUCAACAACAGGGAAGCGACUACUAGAAGAGGCGCCGCCGACCGUUGUGUCAGAUUCUACGAAUACAUCGAGAACGCCAACACAAGUACCACCAUCGAGAACGCCCUCAACACCACCCACUGUAUCCCCAUUAGAAGACUACAGGGCCACAACCCGGCCCGACCGCCGCUCGCGCAACGUCAUGCUCUUCUCAGGCGGCGCCAUCUUCUUCGCCUUCUCCCUCAUAAUCACACGCCGUGCGCUUGCCCGCAGGCGGCUGGCCUCGAUGCCAGGGUACUACAGCAACAUGCACACACAUAUUGAAAACCAGUCCAAGACCUUGAUGGGCCAGAAAGAGGCGCUCGAGGCUCUAAAUCUAGCCACGAUAAAUGUGCUAAGUCUGGCUAUGAUGGGGACAGGCGCGACGUUAUGGGCGCUGGACAUCAAUAGCCGGGAAGAUCUGAGGAGGAGGAUAAGAGGCAGUAUGGUCAUCAAGGACGACGGGAAAGGAGACGGAGAGGUUGAAGCGUGGCUAGAGCGGAAUUUCGGGCGGAAGGAAGACGAGACGGGUAAGCGGGAGGAGGUGGAAGGGAAGCGAAUACUAGAAGAGCGGGAAACGGAGAUGAAGACGGGAGAGAAGCGGUGA